AUGGGUCAUAAAAGUAGUUGUUGUCUGUUGUUUAUGUAUAUGAAAUUGGCAUUUAAUUUGGGAGGUACAAAUGGAACUACUGAAGUUCAAUGGAUGAGAGUGGUGGAUUAUCUUAUGAUGGAGUCUUGUGAUUGCAUUGACACCCAGUGGCCUCCUGAUGAACUUCUAGUGAAAUAUCAGUAUAUCUCAGAUGCACUAAUCGCAUUAGCUUAUUUCUCUAUCCCAUUGGAACUCAUAUAUUUUGUGCAGAAGUCUGCAUUCUCUCCUUACAGAUGGGUGCUUAUGCAAUUUGGUGCUUUCAUUGUUCUCUGUGGAGCAACACACUUCAUCAACCUUUGGACGUUUUCAACGCACUCGAAGACGGUGGCCAUGGCGAUGACUGUUGCAAAAGUUGCUUGUGCUAUUGUUUCGUGCUCAACCGCAUUGAUGCUUGUUCAUAUUAUUCCUGAUCUUUUGAGUGUCAAAACUCGAGAAUUGAUCCUUAAGAACAAGGCUGAAGAACUUGACAGGGAAAUGGGACUUAUUCUUACUCAGGAAGAAACUGGAAGGCAUGUUAGAAUGCUUACUCAUGAAAUAAGAAGCACUCUCGAUCGAGAUACGAUAUUAAAAACGACGCUUGUCGAGCUGGGAAAAACGUUGGGGCUUGAGGAAUGUGCUCUGUGGAUGCCAUCACGGGCUGGCAUAAGUCUACAGCUUUCACAUGCCUUGAACUAUCAGAUACCAGUGGGAGCUCAUAUUCCUAUAAACCUUCCUGUUGUCAAUGAUGUUUUUAAGAGUAAUCGAGCCAUACGUGUUCCCUACAACUGCCAAUUGGCUAAGGUCAGGACUCCAUAUUUGGCACCUGAAGCUGUUGCUGUGCGAGUUCCUGUCUUGAACCUUUCAAAUUUUCAAAUGAACAAUUGGCCUGAUGGCUCUGCCAGAAGCUAUGCUAUAAUGGUUUUGAUUCUUCCUACUGAUAGCGCUCGGAAAUGGCGAGAUCAUGAGUUGGAACUUGUCGACGUCAUCGCAGACCAGGUAGCUGUAGCUCUUUCACAUGCUGCAAUUCUCGAAGAGUCUAUGCACGCCCGCGAUCAGCUCGUGGACCAAAACGUAGCAUUGGAUUUAGCUCGAAGAGAAGCAGAGAUGGCGGUUCACGCUCGUAACGACUUCUUGGCUGUCAUGAACCAUGAAAUGAGGACGCCAAUGCACGCAACAAUCGCUCUAUCGUCCCUACUUUUGGAGACCGAGCUGAGUCCAGAACAAAGAGUGAUGAUAGAAACAAUACUUAAGAGUAGUAAUCUUCUAGCCACACUGAUUAAUGAUGUCUUGGACCUUUCCAGACUCGAAGAUGGUAGUUUGGCAUUGAACAUAAGAUCAUUCAACCUCCAUGCUAUUUUCAAAGAGGUAAUGGAUCUUAUGAAGCCCAUUGCUUCGGUUAAGAAGCUGUCGAUGGCGUUGAUGUUGGCCUCAGAUUUGCCCGUCUGUGCCGUUGGUGACGAGAAGCGACUUAUGCAAAUCAUCUUGAAUAUCGUUGGUAAUGGGGUGAAGUUUACUAAGGAAGGUCAUGUUUCAAUCAUAGUAUCUGUUGCAAAACUUGAGUCUCUGAGAGAUUGGCGCGCUCCCGAGUUCUAUCCGAUGCAGUCCGACCGCCAUUUCUACCUCCGAGUUCAGGUUAAAGAUUCAGGAUGUGGUGUUCUUCCCCAAGACAUUCCUCAUCUGUUUACUAGAUUCACUCAACUACGAACGCGAUCUAGCCGAACAAAUGGUGGGGUUGGACUCGGAUUGGCUCUUUGUAAACGGUUUGCAAAUCUCAUGGGAGGUCACGUAUGGAUCGAGAGCGAUGGCCCCGGAAAAGGUACGACAGGCGUGUUCAUCGUCAAACUCGGGAUCUGCAAUGCUAAUCCAAAUGACUUAUCAAUCAAGCGAGUCGCUUCCGUUGUAAAUCACAGAAGUGCAGAUCUCCAUGGAUACAGACCAAUCUUCAGAGAAACCGAUCAAGUCGCCUUUUCCAGUUCGCGAUGUCAAAGAAGUCUCUGAACUUCGAUGCACAUU